GACUUCUUUGCCUAUAAAACAAAUCACUACUCUCUUUCUUUCUUUGUAUUCAUUCCACAUCUCACAAUUUCUUCUUUUUCACCAUUCAAUACGCAACACCUUCUCUUCCUCAAUUCUCUUAUCUAUUCAGGCAUACUGCACAGAACACUUUGUUGCACAAGGCAAAAGAGACAUGGCCUUAAACCAGUAUUUUGAGGACGUUGUGCCCCAGUUGGAUUCCUUUGAAGAUAUAUCAUCUCUGAAAACAUGGAAAUGUGCUGGUGAAGAUGAUAUUGCAGAUUCGGAUAAAAAAGCCUCCAGUGGCUUUGAUUGCAACAUCUGCCUGGAUUGUGUGCAAGAUCCAGUGGUCACUCUUUGUGGUCACCUCUACUGCUGGCCCUGCAUUUACAAAUGGCUUAACUUCCAAAGUACCUCCUCCGAAAAUGAAGAGAAGCAACAAUGUCCAGUGUGCAAAUCAGAAAUCUCACAGUCAUCACUUGUUCCAUUAUAUGGCCGUGACCAAACCACACUACCUUCCAAAAGCAAAGGUCACCAAGUAGGCAUUGUUAUACCAAGAAGACCCCUUGGUCCUUCAUGUCUGACCAACUCAUCAAGAUCACGUGAUUCUGAAACUGUUUCCCGACAUACUUCACAUGUUUAUCACCGCCAUUAUCCCAAUCAUCCUCAACAAUUCAACUCAAUUCCUGGCAGUUACCCUUCAUCAAUGUUCAACACUGGUGGUUCACUAGCCAAUGCAUUUGAUCCAACAUACGGAGUCUUUGGAGAGAUGAUAUAUGCAAGGGUCUUUGGAAACCAAAUGACUAACAUCUAUUCAUAUGAUCUUUCAGGGAACAGUAAUCCAAGGGUCAUAAGGCACUUAAUGCAAGUUGAUAGGUCACUCAAUAGAAUCACAUUUUUCCUCCUUUGUUGCGUAGUUUUGUGUCUACUCUUAUUCUGAUUGAUAUUCCAUAUUUUUUUUUUCUGCUACACAUCCCUGUAUAGUAUACAAGCAGUAUGCGGAUUCUGCAAGAAGCAUCGUAUAUUUUAGAGUUGUUUGAUGUUGAGAUGUUUGUAAACUAGGUCCGUUUUGGUACAUAGCUUAAUCGUGGACUUAAUGAAUAAAAUGUUAAUCA